AUGCUACCGGCAUCGAGCGCCGGCAUGCCAAUCCUCUACGGGUUGCCCCCGGGGACGGAAGCAUGGCACCUUGCGACAAGGAGGGGCAUUCACGUGUCGAUACGGAGCAAGCGCAGCGCGACUCCUCUAGAGAAGUGGAGACUCACAACCACAUCUAAACCCCAAGCCGCAUCGCCAUCCCGCACCACAAUCGACCGAGGUGGAACAUCACGCGACGACAAAGGAAAGGUUCGCGUGACGAACUUGACUUUCAAGCAGGACUUCUCGCCCCCCAUCAUCGUGGCGCAUGAGAAGGGUAGUCACCUUUUCCCCGUGGGCGGGAAGGCGAGACCCGCAAUCAAGCUGAUGGCAGAAGACGGCAACAACCGGAACAUAAUGGCGAUCGCAACACGCGAGGGCGGCUUCUGUGGCUUUGCGGCGGCUGAGGGCCCCCUUUUGCCCGGGAAGACAUGGAAUGGCGAAAUCACGUUUGACACGGACAAAUGCAAGGAGCCUGUCUACUCGGUGGUGGCCAAGCUCACCAACACCAACGACGCCUUCAUGGGAAUUGAUGGAUCCAAGUUCCUCGACAAGCACCCGUCCAAGCUCUUCCCCCCCGCCUUUGAUGCCGGUACCGAGAAAAACAACGAGAAGUGUACCUGCAUGCCGGGCCGGGCGUGUCCCGCGAGCCCUAAAUCAAGGGAAAACCAUGGCCUUGGUUCAGAGGGCUUCAUCCACGUGCACCGAGGCAUUAAUGGUGUGGGAGACCUUUCGAAAGCAGACUACGGCUGGAAGAACCCAGUUGCAGAGGUCGUGGUAUCGAAGGCCUAA